AUGCACCCACCCCAUACCUGUGAUAACAGGACAGUCCAGGGCUCAGAGUUGUCUGUUCUGGAGCAGAUUUGCCGGGAGAUUGCAGCUGCUUCGCAACCCUUCCGGAGGCUGGAGGUAUCUCGGGAUCAGCUUCAGCAGCUCUUCAAGGAUAACCCCUUUAAGCUCCGUCUGAUCCAGGAGAAAGUAGCAGGUCCGACAGCAACAGUGUAUGGGUGUGGCAUGUUGGUUGAUCUUUGCCGGGGCCCCCACCUUCGGCACACUGGACAGAUCGGAGGGCUGAAGCUUCUAACGAACUCAGCCUCCUUGUGGAGAUCCUCAGGGGCUCCUGAGAUACUGCAGAGAGUGUCAGGCAUUUCCUUUCCCACAGCAGAGCUGCUAAGGGACUGGGAAACACAAAAGGAAGAAGCCUUGUUGCGGGACCACAGGCGCAUUGGCAAGGAGCAGGAGCUCUUCUUCUUCCAUGAACUGAGCCCUGGGAGCUGCUUCUUCCUGCCAAGAGGAACAAGGGUGUAUAAUGCUCUAGUGGCCUUUAUUAGGGCUGAAUAUGCCCGCCGUGGGUUCUCAGAAGUCAGAACUCCUACACUGUUCUCUACAAAACUCUGGCAACUAUCAGGCCACUGGGAGCAUUACAAGGAAGACAUGUUCACCCUGCAGCCCCCAGGCACAAACAGGGCUGCCAGUGCCCAGAGUGGCCACUCUGCCGGGCCUCCCGUAGACACACUUGCCCUCAAGCCCAUGAACUGCCCUGCACACUGCCUGAUGUUCGCCCACCGGCCCAGAUCUUGGCGGGAGCUGCCCGUUCGCCUGGCUGACUUUGGAGUCCUGCAUCGAGCAGAAGCCUCUGGCAGCCUGGGAGGGCUGACCCGGCUGUGGCGCUUCCAGCAGGAUGAUGCGCAUAUCUUCUGUGCGCCAGAUCAGCUGGAAGCAGAAAUCCAAGGCUGCCUUGAUUUCCUCCGUUCUGUGUAUCAAGUCCUUGGCUUCUCCUUCCGCCUGGCGUUAUCCACCCGGCCAUCUGGCUUCCUAGGGGAGCCCAGCCUUUGGGAGCAGGCUGAACAGAUCCUUCAGCGGGCCUUGGAGGAAUUUGGAGAACCCUGGGACCUGAACCCUGGAGAUGGUGCCUUCUAUGGGCCUAAGAUCGAUGUGCGCCUCCACGAUGCCCUCGGUCGCCCCCAUCAGUGUGGGACAAUCCAGCUCGACUUCCAACUACCCCUGAGAUUCGGUCUCCAGUACAAGGGGCAGGCAGGGGCCCCAGAGCGUCCAGUCCUCAUCCACCGGGCAGUGCUUGGUUCUGUGGAAAGGCUGUUGGGAGUGCUGGCAGAAAGCUGUGGAGGGAGAUGGCCACUGUGGCUGUCCCCGUUCCAAGUGGUGGUCAUCCCUGUGGGGCCAGAGCAAGAGGUGUAUGCCAGACAGGUACAGCAGAGUCUCCAGGCCGCAGGACUAGCCGGUGAUCUGGACGCAGACUGUGGAAUGACCCUUAGCCGGCGGGUCCGCCGGGCCCAGCUUACUCACUACAAUUUUCAGUUUGUAGUUGGCCAGAAAGAGCAGAGUAAAAGAACAGUGAACAUUCGGACUCGCGAUAAUCGACGACUCGGGGAGCGGGACUUGACUGAGGCUGUGCAGAGGCUGCUGGAGCUGCAGAACACAAGGGUCCCUAAUGCUGAAGACCUUUUUUGAGCCUUUGUAUGCAGCUGCAGCAGAAACCCAUUAGCUUCCCUCCCACAGGAGAUCCUGAUUCCUUACAACUGCCAAUCUCUGCUCCCUUGAAUAAUGGACUUGGUUAGGGGCUCCACCGAGGGAGGGAAGCCCUACUACUUGGAUGUGGGGAGAAUGAAAUGAAGGCAAAAAAUAAACUUGAAGUUGGAGUUGUGUCUCAGAGUAGAUCACCUGCUUAACAAGUGUGAAGUCCUGAGUUCAAACCCCAGUACUGCUGUAAAUAAACACAACUGGAGCUCC